AUGGACAACCUCGUGUGGGUCAGCCAGAGCGAGAUGCCUGGCGUGCUCACGCAGGGCUGCGACGACAACUCGUCGUACCCGCCUGCCUUCACGUCGUACCUUUCCAGGCAGGCCGUGCCAGGGGAGAGACCAGUCGGGCGGGGCCAGGACGCUGGUAAGUCUGGCCAUUUCCGCACGCCGUUUUUUCGUUUUCCCGCGUGCUGUUGUUUUGAGGCGCCAGCCCGCGGCCGUCUGGUCUUCGCUCUCGAAGGGCGACGGUCUGGCAC